AUGUCGUUAGAAACUUGGUAUCUCCCACUUCGUCUCCUGGCCCUGCGAAUGACUGCGGCGGCGCUGUGCUCGGAUCUGCUUCCCCCAGACGUGGCCGGAGCCAUCCCGUCCAGAUCGGCACUGGACCUCGUCCAGUCGCUCGUCCAUGAUGCGGAGACCAUGGCAAGACAAGGCUACUACGGGUUCCUCGUCACCCUAGACGUCGACUCGGCCUAUCCCUCGGUUCACUCAUCAAUCCUCGGCGAAGUCCUGGCAGACCAAGGCUGGCCACGCUGGCUGGUCAACCAGCUGUGUACCAAAGCCCGAGGGCUCGACCUCAGGGUCAAUCCGAACAAGACAGAGGUCUUCUACGUCCCUUCCCCCCCUCCCCCCAGGGGCACCGGAGCGACUCGUGGCAGGACCGACCCCACAACGAUCUCGACCCAGGUGGAGAGGACGUCCUUCCUCCCUGGUAAGUCCAUCAAGUGGCUUGGAGUCUCCCUGGAACUCAAGCUAAGCCCGGCGAUCCAAGCAGCCGCGAGGGCGGCGGCGACAGCAUCGGUGGUGAGGCUGGUCAAGCGCUUAUCCAUCACGAGGCUCAGGGGCUUUCCCCCCUCGGCCGAUUCCAAGAUCAUUGACGCUGUCGUCACCCCUUCCCUCCUGUAUGGCAUGGUACAACUCGAUACCGGCCCGACUAGGGCCGCGGUUAACGGCCGCUUAGUCCCAUUAGACUUACGCCGGUGUGCCCGUCCCUCACCAAGAUCGCGAAUGCGGCGCCCGGAAGUGAUCUCCCAGGUGUGGCUGACGGUCCCGACCACGUGGCUCUGGUGGCUAGCUGGGCUCUACCCAGAGUACCUGCUGGACAAAGAGCAAGCAAGGUGGAGAGCUCGCGCAGAGGUGCUGCCGGCCAACCACUUUCUGUGGAUCAGGCUUGCCCGACCCCCUUUCCGGGACUAG